AAGUCCAAGCCCAACAUGAACUACGACAAGCUGAGCCGGGCGCUGCGCUACUACUACGACAAGAACAUCAUGACCAAGGUGCAUGGCAAGCGCUACGCCUACAAGUUCGACUUCCAGGGCCUGGCCCAGGUCUGCCAGCCGCCCGCCCCCGACCACACGCUCUACAAGCUGCAGGGCAACCUGGCACCCCUGCCCUUUCCAGGCAUCUCCAAGCUCAACCUCAUGGCAUCUGGCGUGGCCGGGCCUGGCUUCUCCUACUGGCCCAGCUCG